CUUUUCAUCUUUCACCAUGUCUCAGAAUCCUAGGGAGCAGUGGGAGAGACUUCAGGUCCUCCUGCAGAACCGCGGCGGUCCUCACCUCAAGCGAUUCGGCGGCGGCGGUGGUGGACGCGGCUUCGGAGCUGCAGGCGCCCUGCUUGUCGGUGUUGGAGCUAUCUUCCUGGCCUCUGACUGUCUGUUCAACGUCGACGGUGGUCACCGUGCUAUUAAGUAUUCCCGCUUUGGUGGUGUGCAGAAGGAGAUCUACACUGAAGGAACUCACUUCCGAAUCCCCUGGGUCGAGACUCCGAUUGUCUAUGACGUGCGCGCAAAGCCGCGCAACAUUGCUUCCCUCACCGGUACCAAGGACUUGCAGAUGGUGAACAUCACCUGCCGUGUCCUGUCCAGACCCCGCGUGGAUGCCCUUCCUCAAAUAUACCGUACUCUCGGCCAAGACUUCGAUGAGCGGGUGCUGCCAUCCAUCGUCAACGAGGUUUUGAAGAGUGUGGUGGCCCAGUUCAACGCCAGUCAGCUUAUCACUCAGCGUGAGAACGUUGCCCGUCUUGUCCGGGAUAAUCUUGCCCGUCGGGCUGCUCGCUUCAACAUCGCCCUGGACGAUGUCUCUCUAACGCACCUUACCUUCUCCCCCGAAUUCACCGCCGCCGUGGAGGCCAAGCAAGUUGCCCAGCAGGAAGCUCAGCGGGCUGCGUUCCUGGUUGACAAGGCUCGUCAAGAGAAGCAAGCUUUCAUUGUCCGCGCUCAGGGUGAAGCCCGCUCCGCUGAGCUGAUCGGUGAUGCCAUCAAGAAGAGCAAGAGUUACAUUGAGCUGCGUAAGAUCGAGAACGCCCGGCACAUCGCUCAGAUCCUGGGUGAGCACAGCGGCAAGAACAAAUUGUACCUGGAUUCGCAGGGUCUGGGUCUGAACGUGAAUGCAGGAGGGGAGGAUAAGCAGUAAGGGCCAGUGAUGCAUGGGCCGGUGGUAGGCGAUCAGUCGGAUUUGUUUGACUCUAAUGGGUUUAUUUCUUAUAACGAGGGCCUUGGCGCUAUUCUAGGUUGCGCGCGGCCAAGGAGAUGGAGGGGGGACGUUUUUUGUACAAAUAGUCAGUUAUUUGCAGGAUUCUCAGAGCAACCAGGCGAACAGUUUCUCUUCUCUUUUCAUUGUGUUCCGC